GAAUAUUGACGAACAAUGGACAGUCAGCUGAUGAGCAGUUUGGCUCGUUUUGGUUCGUGGCUGGAGAUCGUUGUCUUUUCAAACAACCAGACGUGUUAAACAGUCGUCAAAAUUCGAUUCUGUUGGCAUUGGCAUUGACACGAUGGCUGAAUACACUGUGAUUACGUCGGAUUUCGUUAAUUUGACGAUUUCAAACUCCGGACAGCAAUCGUGCUGCGUCGAGAGGAGGUUUCAGAAGGGAAUUACCAUAGGCGAUUUUAAGGGAAAGUUGGAGCUUCUGACAGGUGGCAAUCGAGCCACGAUGACUCUGGAGGUCUUCGACAAGAAUAAUCAGUUGGUUUGCAGUCUCGAUGAUGGAACUCGCCUCCUGGGAUCUUAUCCCAUUGAUGAUGGCAUGAGAGUCCAUGUUACUGACACAUUCAUUCGUCCAGAAGAAGACCUCUCGAAGGUGGAGAAAUUCGAGAUAUCCGAGGAGGAAUAUUCGAAACGUCCAGAUACUGUCAAGGCAUUCCUUGCGAAGAAUAAACUGGGAAAGUACAAUGAAGAAGAGCUGAAAAAGAGGGAGGAGGAGAAGAAACUUGAGGAGGCUGCGGAGGAGGCACUGGCUCAGACCCUCAAUGUGGGUGAUAGGUGCGAAGUUUCUGUGCCUUCAUUUCCGAAACGACGAGCAACUAUUAUGUAUGUCGGUAAAACUGAUUUCAAAGAGGGCUGGUGGGUAGGAGUCAAAUACGACGAGCCACUGGGAAAAAAUGAUGGAUCCGUGAGUGGAAAAAGAUACUUCGAGUGCCCUCCCAAGUACGGUGGCUUCGUGAAGCCCGCCGCCGUCAAAGCAGGUGAUUUUCCAGAGGAGAAUUACGAUCUCGACGAGGAGUUAUAAAUCCCACGAAAUGUAUUCCCAAAUUGUAACACUUUCAUUUUUUAUAUCGAAUUGUACUACGAACAACUGUUCAUAAAUAAUA